GGCGGCGGCCGGGCCCGGCGCAGCUUCCGGGGGAGCGGGCGGCAGCGGCGGGCGCGCGCCAUGAAGCUGACGCGGCAGAAGCACGCCAAGAAGAUAAUGGGCUUCUACAAGCACAGCUUCCACUUUCGCGAGCCCUUCCAGGUGCUGCUGGACGGCACCUUUUGCCAGGCCGCGCUCCGCAACAAGAUCCAGAUCCGGGAGCAGCUGCCCGGCUACCUGGACGGCGCCACGCAGCUGUGCACCACCCGAUGUGUUCUAAAAGAGCUGGAAUCAUUGGGGAAAGCGCUGUAUGGAGCAAAAUUAAUCGCCCAAAGAUUUCAAGUUCGAAAGUGUUCUCACCAGAAGGAUCCUGUGAGUGGUUCGGCCUGUUUACUCUCUAUGAUUGAAGAAGGCAACCCUCAUCACUUCUUUAUCGCUACACAGGACCAGGAUUUAGCAAACAAAGUGAAAAAGAAGGCUGGUGUUCCUCUCCUCUUUAUUAUUCAGAACACUAUGGUGCUAGACAAACCUUCUCCUAAAUCUCUGGUAUUUGUUCAAAAGUUGCAGACAAAUCAGCUUGUUCCAGAGCACCAAAAACAAACUAUUGUGCAGCUUAAAGAAAAAGAAGGACUAGCAAAGCAAGAAGGUGAAAAGAGAAGAAAACGUAAAAGGGCAGGUGGCCCCAAUCCUCUCAGCUGUCUGAAGAAGAAAAAGAAAACACAGGAGGGUCAGGAGCCUUCUGCUGAAAAGAAGAAAAGAAGAAAAAGAAAGCGAAAUAGGGUUAAAACAGAGGGUGUGCAGUCAGUGCAGAAGAAUGAAAAAGAAUAAACCCAUCUUUGUAAGCAAUGCAGGACUUGAACACGUGAAAUCAAGUUGUUAAUAUUAAAACUUAUUUUUAUGAGGUGGUACUGCUUAUUAGUGCAUUUCAACAUUUGCACAUUGUUGUCCUAAUAAUUUAUUCUGUUGUUUAGGAAUUGGAUUUGUAACAAAAUAUUUAGGAACCCUCAGGUUUUAUUAUUUUCCCCAGAAUCUUAAUCCCUGCCAGAAAGUUCACGUGAUGGGUGGCAGCUUUUUAGAAACACUGCUUAGAUUUCAUAUGGGUUUUGGUGAGAUGCUGGAUUUCUUUCAAAAUCUAGGUUGCUGUUCUUACUAAAACUAGUUUUGAUGGUUGUUCUGUUACAGAAUGUUGAAUUGACCUAAAAGAACAUAGUUUCUUGUUUAUUGUUUGAGUAUAAAAGUUAACUCUUGCAAAGUGACGACAUGCCCUCAAGACAUCCAUUCCAGCCUAAAUUACUCUAAACUCCAUGUGAACUGA